AUGAUACUGACAUUUAAUUCAUUGUUGCAGGACGAGAAGAACCAGUUGCUCAUCACGAAUCUCUGGCUGAAACUGGAAUGGAACGAUGUAAACAUGAGAUGGAACGUCUCGGAUUAUGGAGGUGUACGAGACCUCAGAAUACCGCCGAGUCGGUUAUGGAAACCCGACGUUCUUAUGUAUAACAGCGCCGAUGAGGGCUUCGACGGCACUUACCCGACGAACGUCGUCGUAAAGAACAAUGGGACCUGCUUGUACGUGCCGCCCGGUAUAUUCAAGAGCACUUGCAAGAUAGACAUUACCUGGUUUCCCUUUGACGAUCAGCGCUGCGAGAUGAAAUUCGGUUCCUGGACGUACGACGGCUCUCAGUUGGAUCUACAGCUGCAGGACGAGAACGGAGGUGACAUCAGCAGUUUCAUCACUAACGGCGAGUGGCAUCUGUUGGGGGUACCCGGUAAAAGGAACGAGAUCUACUACAAUUGCUGCCCGGAACCGUACAUAGACAUCACUUUUGUCGUCAUCAUCAGAAGACGCACACUCUACUACUUCUUCAACUUGAUCGUGCCGUGCGUCUUGAUUGCCAGCAUGGCCGUCCUCGGGUUCACCCUGCCGCCCGAUUCCGGCGAGAAACUUUCCCUCGGGGUAACCAUCCUUCUGUCCCUCACUGUGUUUCUGAAUAUGGUUGCCGAGACAAUGCCGGCGACGUCCGACGCCGUGCCGCUUUUAGGGACGUAUUUCAAUUGCAUCAUGUUUAUGGUGGCUAGUAGUGUGGUCAGCACGAUCCUCAUCUUGAACUACCAUCAUCGGAAUUCUGACUCCCAUGAAAUGGGUCAAUGGAUUAAGUUAAUUUUCCUAUUUUGGCUACCUCGCAUACUUGGUAUGUCAAGACCGGUUUCGGAAGAAGACAAGGAAGCACAAAAGUCUCAGAAGCCAUCUCCAGUCACGGGCGCGAACAAGUCGUUCGGUGAUCUGGAGCUACAUCAGAGGAGCAGUAAGUCCCUCCUGGCGAACGUCCUGGACCUGGAUGACAACGCGCUGGCGCCUCACAACAAUCUGCUGAACAACGUGUACAGCACACCCGGGCCACAUCACGCGCACGCGAUGGGCCACGGCCACAGUCACAUACACACGACGCCCCAUCAUCAUCAUAGCCACGCACCCACAACGCCGCACCAUCAGCACGCGACGCCGAUGCACGCAUCGUAUCCCAGCCAUCAGAUCUCGCAUACGCCGCAUCAUCAUCCACAUCCGCAGGACGCGCCAGCGCCGCAGGUCGAGACGAUGCUGCAGAACGCGUGCUUCUGUGCCCGUUACGAGCUUGUGCUAAUCUUGAAGGAGAUUAAGAUAAUAACGACUCAACUGAAGAACGAGGACGAGAGCACGAAGGUCUCGAACGACUGGAAGUUUGCGGCGAUGGUGAUCGAUAGGUUGUGCCUAAUCAUUUUUACUCUGUUCACCAUCAUCGCUACUAUCACCGUCCUGCUGUCAGCGCCGCAUAUUAUCGUCACGUGA